AUGUGUCGGUCUCCGCCGAGAGUGGUGCUCUCCUGCUGCCUCCUCUUCCUUCCCGUUCUCGUCCUGUGCGCGGAUCCGAGCCUCAACGACGACGUGCUGGGGCUCAUCGUCUUCAAGGCCGAUCUCCAGGAUCCUACCGGCAGACUCGCCUCCUGGAACGAGGACGACAGAGACCCCUGCGGGUGGUCCGGGGUCAGAUGCGAUCCUCGCACCGGCCGAGUGGUCGAGCUCCUCUUGGAUGGCUUCUCUCUCUCGGGCAAGAUCGGCCGCGGCCUCUUCCAGCUCCAGUCGCUGCAGACGCUCUCCCUGUCUCGGAACAACUUAUCCGGCAGCCUCACCCCCUUCACUAAAAUGGAGAACCUCCGGGAGGUGGAUCUCAGCGAGAACAGCCUCUCGGGGACGAUUCCCGACGAGUUCUUCUCCCAAUGCAAGUCCCUGAGGUCAGUAUCUCUGGCGAAAAAUAGCCUAUCCGGGGGGAUUCCGCCGAGCUUGGGCUCCUGCUCGACGCUCGCCUCCUUGAAUCUCUCCUCGAACCAGUUGUCUGGUUCUCUGCCAGGAAAUCUCUGGUGGUUGAACGCCCUCAGAACACUCGAUCUCUCCUUCAAUCUUCUCUCCGGCGAGAUCCCGCCGGGAAUAGAGAAGAUGUACAACCUGAGAACCAUCAGCCUCCGAGGGAACCGGUUAUCGGGGAGCUUGCCCGACGGUAUCGGCGGGUGCCUGCUGCUCAAAUCGCUCGACCUGGGUGAGAAUCAGCUGUCAGGGAAUCUCCCCAUGUCAAUGCGGAAGCUCUCCCUCUGCAAUGCAAUGCGAUUGGGCAUGAAUUCUUUCAGUGGGGAGCUUCCCGCGUGGAUUGAUGAGAUGAGUAGCCUCGAAGCUCUUGAUCUGUCCAGCAAUGGGUUCGUCGGCGCCAUCCCCGGUUCGAUCGGCAAUCUCCAUCAACUGAAGGAGCUGGAUGUCUCCGGCAAUGGGCUCACCGGGAGUGUCCCGGAGACGAUCACCGGUUGCAGAGCUCUACUGGAGGUGGAUUUCAGCGACAACAGUCUCACGGGCGAGCUGCCUCAGUGGAUCUUCGAGUUGGGCCUUCAGCAGAUUUCCUUGUCGGGAAAUAAACUCACGGGAUCUCUUCAGAUCCCAAAUCCAGUCUCCCACGCCCUUCAAGCUCCGGAUUCAUCUAACAUCACCUUCUCCGACGGUCUCCCGGUGGGGAUUGCGAGCAUACGCAGCCUGCGGCUGCUAAACCUGUCCCGAAAUUCCUUCUCCGGCCCUAUUCCGGCGAGCAUUGGGGAUUUGGCCGCCGUGGAGAUCCUCGAUCUGAGUGAGAAUAGAUACAAUGGUAGCAUCCCUCCGGAGAUUGGGGGGGCGGUGGCUCUCCGUGAGCUGCGGCUGCAGAAGAAUUCUCUCUCCGGCAGAAUUCCCUCCCAGAUUGAGAAUUGCACCUUCCUCUCCGUCUUGUAAGUUUUUGUUGCUCCUCCCUCUUCUUCUGCUUCUUCUUCUUCUUCUUCUUCUUCUUCUUCUCCUUUCGAUUGAUGAGUUCCGUCUUGUAAGUUUCUGGUAAGUUUCUGGUUCAUUGAUUAGUUCUUUCGAUUUUGGUUGCAGAAUACUCUCAAUGAACCAGCUCUCAGGGUCCAUCCCGCCCAACCUGGCCAAUCUGACGAACCUGCAGGUCGUGGACAUCUCUCGCAAUAGGCUCUCGGGUACCCUUCCGAAGCAGCUCGGAGACCUCCCUCACCUCGUCGCCUUCAACAUCUCCCACAACCUCUUCUCCGGCGACCUCCCUUCCGGGAACUUCUUCAACACCAUCCCUCCCUCCUCCGUCUCCGGCAACCCUUCCCUCUGCGGCUCCGCCGUGAACAGCUCCUGCCCCGCCGUCCUCCCCAAACCCAUCGUCCUCGACCCAUCGUCCUCCUCCUCCACGGACUCUACAACUGGCCCCACCCUCCCCACAAAUGCCCGUCACAAGAAGAUCAUAUUGAGCAUAUCUGCCCUAGUGGCGAUCGCCGCCGCCGCCCUGAUCACCGUGGGGGUCGCCGCGGUCACCGUCCUGAACCUCAGAGUCCUCUCCGCCGCCACUGUGACCAACUCCGCCGCCGCCCUCGCCCUCUCGGACGACUACCUCAGCGGCAGCGGUGUCUCCCCCUCCACAGGCCCCAACUCCGGCAAGCUCGUCAUGUUCUCCGGCGCCGACCCAGAGUUCAGCGCAGGCGCCCACGCCGUCCUCAACAAGGACUGCGAGCUCGGCCGCGGCGGGUUCGGCGCCGUCUACAAGACGAUCCUCCGCGACGGUCGGCAGGUGGCGAUCAAGAAGCUCACCGUCUCCGGCCUGGUCAAGUCCCAGGAUGACUUCCAGCGGGAGGUGAAGAAGCUCGGCCAGCUGCGCCACCCCAACCUGGUGGCCAUGGAGGGCUUCUACUGGACUCCCUCUCUGCAGUUCCUCAUCUACGAGUACGUCCCCUGCGGGAGCCUCCACAGCCACCUCCACUCCGGCGACUCCGCCGCCGGCGAGGUGCUCUCAUGGCGGGAGAGGUUCGACAUCGUCGCCGGCAUCGCCAAGGGCCUGGCCCAUCUCCACCGCUGCAGCAUCAUCCACUACAACGUCAAAUCCUCCAACGUGCUCAUCGACGGCGCCGGCGAGGCCAAGGUGGGCGACUACGGGCUGGCGAAGCUGCUCCCCAUGCUGGACAGGUACGUGCUGAGCAGCAAGGUGCAGAGCGCUCUGGGGUACGUGGCACCGGAGCUGGCCUCCCACAGGGCGAAGAUCACCGACAAGUGCGACGUGUACGGCUUCGGGGUGCUGGUGCUGGAGAUCGUCACCGGGAGGAAGCCGGUGGAGUACGCCGACGACGACGUGGUGGUGCUGUCCGACGUGGCGCGCGGAGCUCUGGAGGAGGGACGCGUGGUGGAGGUGGUCGACUGGCGGCUGAAGGGGCGCUUCCCGCCGGAGGAGGCGGCGCCGCUGGUCAAGCUGGGUCUCAUCUGCACCUCCCACGUGCCCUCCAACCGACCGGAGAUGGCGGAGGUGGUGGGUUUGCUGGAGAUGAUCAGGUGCUCCCACGAGAGCAGCAGCUGCAGCCCCGGAGACGAAUCCGCCGGUUGA